AUGUCGGAACUUAAUCAAGUGAUAGAGAAAACACAAAUAUCUGUAAGAAAAUCUUCUUCUAAGACAUCUUCGGGACAAAAGGUAACCCCAGAAAUGUUGCAAGAUGCUGAAAAGUUGGCAUCAUUAUUUCGAAGUGAUGAAGCAUUGCGAUUUAUGCAGCCUAUUCGAGGUACUCCAUCAUAUUGGCAAGCAGCACAAAAGGAUCUUUUUGCAAUGUUGCGACAAAUAGGUAUCCCUACAUGGUUCUGUUCUUUCUCUGCUGCAGAGUUUAGAUGGAAUGCAACAGUUGAAGCUAUUUUGCGCCAACAAAAUGAUGACAGAAGAGCAGAAAAUCUUGACUGGUCAGAGAAAAGUGACGUAUUGAGAAGUAACCCUGUGACAGUUGAUAGAAUGUUUGAAUACAGAUUUCAUGUCUUUCUAAGGGAUGUCAUAAUGUCUCCAUCAGAACCUAUUGGAAAAGUUGUUGAUUACUUUCAAAGAGUAGAAUUUCAGCAAAGGGGUUCCCCUCAUAUGCACUGCUUGUUUUGGAUAGAAGGAGCACCUAAGCUUGAGCAAGAUGGAGAGAAGGCUGUUUGUGAUUUUAUUGACAAGUAUGUCACAUGUAAAAUACCAUCAGAGGAUGAAGAUUCCGAAUUGCGAAAAAUUGUUUUAGAUGUACAACAGCACAGCAAAAAGCAUUCCCAAUCUUGCAGGAAAAAAGGCACUGAAUGUCGUUUCAAUUUUCCAAGGCCACCGUCAGAAAAAACUUUCAUAACCAAGCCUCGAGACAAUCAAAUGGAGACAGAGGACGAUAGUGUUGAAAACGUGUCACUGCACAGAAAUGAUGCAAAAGAAAUCAUGCAAAAAGUAUGGGAGAAAGUCCAAGUGUCAUCAACAGAUACUACAAAUGACACAUUUAUCGAAUUGGGAAUGUCUCAGGAAAUAUUUGAAGAAGCAUACAAUAGAGUCACUUCAAAGCAAACAAUAAUAUUACAAAGAGAACCUUCUGAAAUGUGGACAAAUCAGUACAACCCAUGUCUUUUAAAAUGCUGGGAUGCUAAUUUAGAUAUUCAGUAUGUCCUAGACCCUUUCAGUUGCAUUGUUUAUAUUAUCUCGUACAUAUCAAAAUCAGAGCGAGAAAUGGGCAUGCUUCUGAAACAAACAAAGAUUGAAGCUGAGGAAGGCAACUUAAGUGCACGACAGACUAUGAAAAAAAUUGGAUCGUCUUACUUGCACCAUAGAGAAGUGAGUGCACAGGAAGCAGUCUAUCGUGUUUGCAAUUUGAAAAUGAAGGAAUGUUCAAGAAAGGUAACGUUUAUUCCUGUUGGUGAAAAUCCUACAAGAUUAAGCAAACCUUUGCAUCAAAUGAAAAGAAACAAAACAACAGGUGACAAUAACGAAGAAGACGAUGAUGAUAUUUGGAUGACUAAUAUUGUUGAAAGAUAUGAAAACCGCCCAAAGAACAAAGAGUUUGAUGAUAUGUGCCUUGCGACAUUUUGUGCUGAAUACAGGGUACUUGCAAAAUCUCAAGUUCCAUCAAACAGUAGAGAUGGAGUUUUUGAAUUACAGAAUGGAAAAGGUUUUAUACAAAAGAGAACAAGAACAAAUUCUGCUAUUGUUAGGUUUGCAAGAUUCAACAAAGAAAAAAUGCCUGAAAAGUUUUACCAAUCUAUUCUUCAGCUUUUCUUACCAUAUUGGAAACCAGAAAUCCUCAAACCACCUGGAUAUGAUUUGUAUCAAACGUUUUAUGAUACCGGGCAUGUGCGAUUGAAAUAUACAAGAUCACUACAACGAGUAAGGGAUAUCGUGGAAAGAAACCGCCAAAUAUACUGCAAGAAUGAAGAAGUACUAGAUCAAGCACAAGAAACAUAUGAAGCUAUUGGAGAACCAGAAGAUGCAUGGUCAUUACUUUGUCCCGAGGCUGAAGGAAAUAGAAGAACCUGUAUGUCCAAAAAAUCCCAAAUUCAGGACGAACAAAUGCAAGAAGAGGAUGUUCCAGAUUUGCAGGAUACUGUACAUAAUGCAGAUGUUUUGUAUAAAAUCCAGUCAACUGCUCAAUCACGCCAAAAUAUGUUGCCAUUGCUUCGCACUUUAAAUGGAACCCAAAGAGAAAUAUUUUAUUUUGUUAGGGAAUGGAGUCUUCAGAAAUACAAUGGAGAAAAUCCAGAACCCUUUCAUGUUUUCAUUACUGGAGGAGCUGGCACAGGGAAAAGCCACGUGAUAAAAACAAUUGAAUAUGAGGCAUGUAGAGUAUUUUCACGAAUGCAGAAAAAUCCAGAAAGUAUUCCAAUUCUCUUAACAGCUCUUACUGGAACUGCUGCCUUUAACAUAGGAGGAUCGACAAUACAUCAUGCUUUUGCUCUUACAAAGUAUCUACCAAUUCCCUACGAACCAUUACAAGAACAACGUUUAAGUCCGAUAAGAUCCAAAUUAGAGGAUUUGCAGAUUUUAGUCAUUGACGAAAUUUCAAUGGUUUACAAGCGUUUACUUUACUAUGUUCAUGAGCGUUUAGUACAAAUCAAGAAAUCCAAACUCCCAUUUGGCGGUGUCUCAAUAAUUGCUGUCGGAGAUUUCUUUCAAUUACCUCCAGUUAAACAGAGGAAAAAUGAACGACUGUACAACGAGUGUGCUACAUAUCCUGUUGAUUACUGGAAGGAAUUGUUCAAAGUUGUUGAGCUAAAUGAAAUAAUGAGACAACGUGAAGAUGCAGAUUUUGCCGAGGUGUUAAAUGUUUUACGAGUGAGAGCAAACAAAGAACACUUUGAAUCUUAUGUAGAAAAGACGUUAAAAGAAUGUGUUAAUGAGGGACCAGAUGAUGCAUUACGCGUAUAUGCUACAAAUGAGGAAGUAAAUGACCACGAUCUUUCAAUGCUAAAAAGGAAUUGUCAAGACCUUGUGGAGAUUAAAGCAAAGGACUAUCAAAAGGACAAGACAUCAGGAAAAUUAUCUUUACGAGAGAAUCCUCUAUGCAAAAAGAGAUCAGAAGGACUUCCAUCGUCUAUUAUAUUAGUUGUAAAUGCUAGAGUUAUGCUCACCCGAAAUAUUGAUGUUGAUGACGGUCUUGUAAAUGGUGUUAUGGGAGUCGUUUCUGAAGUAUAUUUCUCAAACAAAACAUUGCGAAGUGACGUCAGUAAAAUUGGGGUUAUUUUCGAUAACAACAAUGUUGGAAAAAAGCGGGGCAAAAAACUUGCCUGUGGUCGUGUGCUGGUCAGUAUAGAGAGAAUUGAUGAAGAAAUAAAGGAGAAACAUGCUAAAAAUGUGGUAAGACACCAAUUUCCCUUACAGUUAUCAUGGGCUUGUACAGCCCAUAAAGUGCAAGGUAUGACGACAAGCCAAAUUGUAGUGAACUUGGACAGAAUGUUUUCUCCUGGACAAGCGUACGUGGCUCUGAGUCGGGUUACAACAAAAAGUGGAUUGCAUAUCGAGACAUCACAAGAGAAUAUUUCUGAUAUCUUCUUUAAGAAAAUAUAUGCUGAUCCUGACGUGAAACAUGCAAUAUCUGAUAUGCCAAGGCUUUUCCAAACUAAGACAGACCUUGAUGAAUCUGAUUGCAAAACUAUUAUUUUGCACAACAUUCAAAGCUUGCCGGCACAUUUUGAGGAGAUGCAGGCAGAUAAAAGAUUUCUAAAUGCGUGUGUGAUCUGCUUGACUGAAACCUGGUUGCAUGGAAAAUCAUCUGAUCAAUUCUCGAUGCAAGACUUUGACUUUGUGUAUGCAGUUCGAAAGGAUUCCUAUGACGAAUCUUCUGAACUUUUGACAAAGAUAAAAAAUUCAAAAGGGGGAGGAGUUGGUAUGUUUAUCCAAAAGGAUGAAGAGGCUGCACAAAUUGAUGUCUCUGUUAGAAACAUUGAAGUUGUUGGAACUGUUUUGAAGGGAAACAUAGCAGUUUUUACAGUAUAUAGGCCUGGUUUUCUUACCAAAGAUCUUUUCUUAUCAUCUUUUGUACAGCUUACAGACAGGAUUAUACGCAAUUACGAAAACAGCUUCAUUUUGGGGGACUUCAAUGAAGAUGCAUCUGAACAAGGACGAAUUCAAGAUUUCAUGAGAGAACGCGGAUUCCAACAAUUGGUUACUUUUCCUACCACAGAGGGAAGAACAAUCAUUGACCAUGUUUAUGUGUAUGGAUUUCAGAAAUACCAGAUUAAUAUAGCUCCUCUUCCAACAUAUUACAGCUAUCAUGAAGCACUGACUGUGAAAAUAUCUGCAGAAUGA